UUGAAGGUACUGCAUCAUUCUGCCAGCCUCACAGAUAGAAUUUUAAGGUCUUUCGAGUGGGAGUAGAUCGUCAGCUGGACAAAGCUUUUUUGAAGAAUGACUUCGAGGUGCCCCAGAUGCACAAAAGAUGUGUUUUUUGCUGAGAAAGUGAGCUCGCUGGGGAAGAACUGGCACCGGUUCUGCCUGAAAUGCAAACGCUGUAACAAAACCCUGUCGGCUGGCAACCACGCUGAGCAUGAUGGACUGCCCUACUGUCACAAACCAUGCUACGGAACUCUCUUUGGACCCAAAGGUGUGAACAUCGGAGGGGUAGGCUCCUACAUCUACGAGACUCCUCAACCCACCUUCGACUGCCCCUCCGAGGGAUCCCCCACCACACCAUGGACCACCAUGCAGGUCACCUGGAACCAGCCCAAAGUUCUUCCCCCUCCAACCAGGACAUUUGCUGGAGAGACCUCACUCUGUCCUGGCUGUGAGAAAGUGGUCUAUUUCGCAGAGAAGGUGAUGUCCCUGGGUAGGAACUGGCACAGACCGUGCCUGCGCUGUGAGAGGUGUAAGAAGACACUGACCUCUGGUGGACAUGCUGAGCAUGAAGGGAUACCUUACUGCCAUGUCCCUUGCUACGGCAUCCUGUAUGGACCAAAAGGAGUGAACAUUGGCAACGUGGGCUGUUACAUCUACGAGAAAGAAGGCAUGGCGCAAACUGAAAUACCCAGCCAGUCCUAGCCACACACUGAAAGUGAGAUGAAUGUUAAUAGCCAAUAGAAAACUCUGGUUAAAUGUCCUCGGUUUGGGGUUUCAGUUUGAUUUGGGUAAUUUCAGUGACUGAAUUGAUUGAAAUUACUGAAUUGCGUGACUGAAGUUCUUGUGAUGGAACCGACCACGCGAUCACAGGUCAACAUGAGGUCAUGUUUCUUUAUUUGUUUUCAUGAUCACAGAAAUGAUAACACAUGGAAGGGACAUUUACAAAAAACAUUCUGCAUUUUAUUCUAAUGUAUUAACGUAAUAAUGUUUAGGAAUAUUUAAAUCACGUUUGCAACCUAAAGUUAUAUAGCAUUAUACCGGCACACUUUAAGUGUUUUUACAUAUAUAUAUAUAUAUAUAUAUAUUUAAUAUAUGCGUGUACAGUACCAGUCAGAAGUUUGGAUAC